UCUUUGUACAGCAAAGAAGUCUCCUCCUUUUCAAACAGACCACAACUCAUCGGAACAAAAUGAAACUCUUCGUUGUAGCCACCCUUGCGUUGGUCGCCAUCGCUUCGGCUGAUGUCAGCCAUUUGUCGAGAUCAUACCUGCCACCUAGUCAUGGCGGACACAGUCACGGACAUGGUCACGGACACAGCCAUGGUCCCGCACCGGCUCCAAUAACUGAAUAUUUGCCACCUUCUUCCAAUUAUGGUGGCCCAUCCUACUCUUCGGGUGGUGCUGGCGGUUCUUACUCCUCAGGCGGUGCUGGUGGUUCAUACUCUUCAGGCGGUGCUGGCGGUUCUUACUCCUCAGGUGGUGCUGGAGGUUCAUACUCUUCGGGUGGUGCUGGGGGUUCAUACUCCUCAGGCGGUGCUGUUGGUCCAUCCAACGAAUACUUGCCACCUGUGCAAAGCUACUCGCCACCUGCUCCAGUCUACUCAGCCCCAGCUCCAGCUCCAGUUUACUCUGCCCCAGUUCCAGCUCCAGUCUACUCCGCUCCAUCAUACUCCUCAGGCGGUAGCGGUGGUGGAUACUCAAGCGGUGGUUCAGCUGGUCCAAGCUAUUCAUCAGGCGGUUCUUACUCAUCUGGUGGCUCUGCUGGUUUCUCAGGCGGUUCUGCUGGUGGUUCUUACUCUAGCGGUGGUUCUGGAUACUCUGCUCCAUCCGAGGAAUACUUGCCACCUGUACAAAGCUACUCACCACCUGCUCCAGUCUACUCUGCUCCCGCUCCAGCUCCAGUCUACUCUGGUCCAUCAUACUCUUCAGGCGGUAGCGGAGGCGGAUUCUCGAGCGGCGGUGCUGGCGGUUACUCAAGCGGUGGUGCUGGAGGUUACUCAAGCGGCGGUGCUGGCGGUUUCUCAAGCGGCGGAGUCGGUGGUGCUGGAGGUUACUCAUAUGGUGGAGCUAGCGGUGCUGGCAGUUACUCCAGCGGCGGUGCCGGUGGUUAUUCUAGCGGCGGUGCUGGUGGUUACUCCAGCGGCGGUGCCAGUGGUUACUCCAGCGGCGGUGCUGGUGGUUUCUCAAGCGGCGGUGCUGGCGGUUACUCCAGCGGCGGUGCCGGUGGUUUCUCAAGUGGCGGUGCCGGUGGUGCUGCAGGUUACUCAUAUGGUGGAGCUAGCGGUGCUGGUGGUUACUCUAGCGGCGGUGCUGGUGGCUACUCUAAUGGCGGAGCUGGUGGUUACUCAGGCGGCGGUGCUGGUGGUGCCGGUGGCUCUUACUAUAGCGGCGGUGCUGGCGGUUACUCUAGCGGUCGUCCUUCUGGCCCCUCAUACUCUGGCGGCAGUGCUGGCACCCAAUAUGGCUCCAACGGUGGCUACAUCUACAGAAAGAAGUAAAUCGCUUGGAACUGCGAUUCGUCGAAUCAUUUUUGUAAAUAGAAUACCUUGGCAAUAUUUUGUUUAUUGUUGAAUUGUCCUAGGUAUAUCAUCCUUAAUCCAUGAAAACACUUUGUACUACCUCAUUCACUUUGAAUAGCAUAAAUAGUGUAGUUAGUUUUUG